AGAGAGGCUGCAGCAUCAGCAUCAUAAUGAAUCACAGCAGCUCUGAGGCUCGAGAAGCAGGAGACGAAAGACGGAGUUGGAUAGUAACGCGAAGACGUUUUAUUUAUCAUUAUUGAGUUCGUCCCGGGCCAGGAAUAAAAGUGGACAGAGAUUAAGCUAACUGUACUUUCUCUCCAGGAUCCUUUCUUAAGGAGCCAUGGAUUACAUUACUCGACAAACUUUUUUAAAACUUGCUCUUUUCAUCUUCACAGUUGUCAGGAGCAGUUGUGCUCUGUUGGAAAGAGCGGUAGAAGAUGCACUGCAUUCAGAUCCUCUCGACUCCAGUCCAGUAGAAGACAUCUUCUUCUGUGAUUUUGAAUCUCCGUGUUCGUGGAUGUUAUCCAAUCACAGCACUGGAGGGGACUGGUAUGUCACAUCACCACAGCAACACAGAUCCAAUAGAUGGGGAGUGCAGCCAAUCAAAGACUACUCCACUGGAAAAUUAGAAGGUCAUUUUCUGUUACUAAAGCCCACCUCAACUCAUUUCGCUGCUGGCAGAUGUAGUUUUCACCUGACCAGUCCUUUAGUGCUCAGCAGUGGAUCACUAUGUCACCUUCGUCUUGCCCGCUUCCAACCAGAACCACACACUGGAAACAUAUCUGCCUUCGUCAAACACACUGACCACUCCGUCAUCAAACCAAUAGCUCUUACAGUCACAGACCAAGGAACUGGCAGGCCACAGUGGGAGGUGCUGGAGGCUGUUAUCGGCCAGUUAGACGAGCCUUUCCAUGUGACAGUGCAAUACUCUUCCUGUAGCAGCCACGAAGUCGGAUUUCUGGCAUUUGAUUCACUUGAGUUGAAGGAUUGUGCCAUGGGUGAUGAUUAUUUGGAUUUGGGUUUGGAUUGUGAGAAAUACUCAUCACUUCACUGUCGUUUCGGAGGCUGCAUUGAGAAGCGAAGAGUGUGUGAUUUUCAUACCGACUGUCCACAAGGGGAAGAUGAGGGCUUAAUAUGCAACUCCUUACCUUUGGGCUCAUACUGUUCAUUUGAGUUGGGCUCCUGUGGAUGGUCAGUGGCUGACUCACAGUCCUCUUGGAGACUAGUUAGUGGACAACAGCUGAUUGAAGACACAGAUCUACUGGGGACAACUCUGCAGAACACUCAAGGGCACUUUCUUUUCUUAAAGGUCAGAGGUCGUGGUGAUGAAAGUGAGGCGCUGGUUCAAAGCCCAGCUUUCCCUUCAACUGUGUCUAAUCAGGACUGUCAGUUGCGGUUCUCUCUGUACCUGUGUGGUGAUUUCAACGGAACAGUGCUUCUGUCAGUGGUGGAGAACGGAGUGUCAGCUUCUCCGCUGGUUUGGGAGAGAUCUGGACACUGGAGGGACGACUGGCAAGAGAUCGCUCUGCGGAUUACGCAGAUCUUAAAAGGCUUCCAUCUUAAAGUGCAGGCCUUCUGGACUUCUGGAUCUAAAGCUGACAUUGCACUGGAUGACAUCUCAUUAAGUGCAGCAUGUUUUGACACAGAUUUAAAUGAAUUGCUUCUUGGACAAGGACUGCUGCAUGAUUUAGACUCCUUCAGUCCUCUCCCAGAACCCUCAGCUUCAGAGGCUUCCCUAAUGACAUGGUGGUUUACCUCCUGUGGAGCCAGUGGACCUCUAGGCCCAACUCAAGCCCAGUGUGACAGUGCCUACCGCAACAGCAACGUCAGUGUGGUGGUGGGGAAGGAGGGCCAUCUCAGAGGGGUUCAGAUGUGGAGGGUUCCAGCCACCAAUAUGUACAAGAUUUCCGCUUAUGGAGCCGCAGGAGGCAAAGGAGCAAAAAACCAUAACAAACGGUCACACGGUGUCAUCAUCUCAGCUAUCUUCCCACUGGAGAAAGGUGACACACUCUACAUCCUGAUUGGUCACCAAGGAGAAGAUGCCUGUCCGGGAAGGAACCCGCUAACCCAUAAAAUCUGUCUUGGGGAGUCUUCUGUGAUAGAAGAUGGCUUUGACAGCGAUGGUUCAGCUUUAAAGUGGGCAGGGGGCGGAGGUGGUGGCGGAGGAGCCACAUACAUUUAUCGGAUGGAGAACGGGGAACCAGUGCCUUUGCUGAUUGCAGCAGGAGGUGGAGGAAAGGCCUACCUGGAGGACCCUGAGAGCAGCCUGGACCAGAUUUUCCUGGAACAAUAUGAGAACGAUACCUCUGCUUCUGGUGUCAAUGGCAAAUCAGGACCAGCAGGUGGAGGAGGUGGGUGGAGCGACCAGUCUUCUCUCCCCUGGGCAGGGAAAUCUCUUGUGGAAGGAGGUCAAGGAGGCUCAUCUUGUCCUGAGUCUUUGUCAGUGCUGGGAUGGGCUACAUUUGGAGGGUUUGGAGGAGGUGGGGGUGCUUGCACUGCUGGAGGCGGUGGUGGAGGAUACAGAGGUGGUGAUGCACCCCUGCUCGAUGGCAUCACAGCAGAUGGACAAGAUGGUGUCUCUUUUGUUCACCCCAUGGGAAAGAUAUUUUUACAACCACUUGCAGCUAUGGAGAGUCACGGGGAAGCUGAGGUCGAGGUGUAUCUAAACUGCAGCCACUGCCAGACCCAGAGCUGUAAGAGAGAUGAAGACACCAGACUCAUCCUCUGCCUGUGCGACAGCGACGAGGUUCUCGCAUCAGACAACAUCACCUGCUUAGUUGUUCCUCUGGGCUCCCUGGCAGACGGCCCCCCAUCUCUGAUAUUCGUCCUGGCGGUGAUUGCGUCCACGGUGGUCACGGGUGUGGUUCUGACCUGUGCCAGCCUCACGCUCAUCUAUUACCGUAAGAAGAACCACCUGCAUGCGGUCAGGAUUCGACUACAGAGCCCAGAGUACAAGCUUAGCAAGAUCCGCUCGUCCACCAUAAUGACCGACUAUAACCCCAACUACUGCUUUGCUGGCAAGGCAGCCUCAUUGAGCGAGCUUAAAGAAGUUCCACGCAAGAACAUCACCCUCCUCAGGGCGUUGGGACACGGUGCUUUUGGAGAAGUGUACGAAGGACAGGUUUUGGGUAUGAACGGAGAAAACACAGCCAUGCAGGUCGCUAUAAAGACUCUUCCAGAAAUCUGUUCUGAGCAGGAUGAGAUGGAUUUCCUAAUGGAGGCUCUGAUUAUGAGUAAGUUCAGCCAUCAGAACAUUGUGCGCUGUAUUGGCGUCAGUCUGCAGAUCCUGCCUCGCUUCAUACUGCUGGAGCUCAUGACAGGAGGAGACAUGAAGACUUUCCUCAGACUAAACCGACCCAGAACUAAUCAGCUGUCUUCUCUAAGUAUGCUGGAGCUUCUGCAUAUGGCCAGAGAUAUCGCACUCGGCUGUCGUUAUUUAGAAGAGAACCACUUCAUCCACAGGGAUAUCGCAGCACGAAACUGCCUUUUGACUUGUCCUGGUCCAGAACGAGUGGCUAAAAUUGGGGAUUUUGGGAUGGCUCGCGAUAUUUAUAGGGCGAGCUACUACAGGAAGGGUGGCCGUGCCAUGUUGCCGGUGAAGUGGAUGCCACCUGAAGCCUUUCUCGAGGGAAUUUUUACAUGCAAGACUGACACCUGGUCUUUCGGGGUACUGCUGUGGGAGAUUUUCUCUCUUGGAUACAUGCCUUAUCCCUGCAAGACCAAUCAGGAAGUGCUGGAGUUUGUGACAGGGGGAGGUCGUAUGGACCCUCCCAAGAGCUGCCCAGGCCCUGUUUAUCGGAUCAUGACACAGUGUUGGCAACACUGCCCAGAACACAGACCCAACUUCUCCACUAUUUUAGAGAGGAUCAACUACUGUACGCAGGACCCUGAUGUCAUCAACACCCCUCUUCCAGUGGAGUAUGGUCCAGCUGUCGAAGAAGAAGGUGGCACUGUGAUCCGUCCUGAAGGAUCAGGCAGUAUGACCCCUCUCCUCGUGGCUCACUCUGUGUCUCAGGAUGCUUCCCCUCAUCCAGGCAUCACCGGUGCAGCCCCACAAGCCUUCAAACCCACAAAGCUACAACGACCGGUCCAUCUCUUACAGGAAGUGGGCACGUACCGAGAAUCAUUGGAGACUUGCUGGGCUGAGCCGGGCCCUACUCCAGGAGUCUGUCAAGGACAGUGGCUUCAAGUUCCUGAGCACCGGCCGUGCUCCAGGAGCAGUUCAUCGUCAGGCAGCCAGAAGCUAAAGAACAAGACAAAAAACCUUUGGAACCCGACCUACGGUUCCUGGGUCCUGGAGAGCUUCGGACGAGGGAAGACGGCACUGUGUCACACUCAGUCCAUGCCUCUGUCUUGCAACCCCACAUCCAUGUCCGUCCCAUCCACUACCUCAGAGCGCAUUGACCCUGGAGUAGAAGUUAACGCAAAUGUCUCGACGUCCCCACCUCCGUCUGCUGCAUCCUUGCAGACCGCAUUCAGUCCGACGGAUACUUCCUCUCGGAAGGGCCCAACAGGGGCUACGGGCGGCUCGCUCGCUGCGGCUAUGGAUUUGGCGAAACUCCAAAGCUUCCCGUGUGGCAACGUAAACUAUGCGUACGAUGAGCAGAGCUACGAGACUGAGAGUUUGCCUGUAGGUGUGUCCAAAUCUGUGGAGCCCAGCACCAGCUCUUCAGCCACGUCUCAACUUGCUGCCCUCGGCCUGGCCACCACAUUUACCCACAAACCACUGGUGAAGCGGCACGCUAGCUACGGACAUGAGGACGUAAGGAGGUACACCCAGUCUGAGAAGCCCACGAGGGACAGGGAUUCUGGCUUUUCCUUGUCUGAAGACCUCAGUGUCACCCCCGUGUAGCAUUGAAGAACGAUUCAACUGAGGAAAUGCCUUUUUCUUUUGGGUGUUACUUUGUUUUUGGCACAAAGGUAUUUUACUGCAACAACUGCAGUGGAUUAGCUAGAGGCAGAAAUACAGGUUAAGGCUGGAAUAUGCUUCAUGACUUUAAAAAUCUGAAAACACACAAGGAUAGUUCACCCAAAAAUGAUAAUUCUGUCAUUAAUUAUUCCCCCUCAUGUUUCUUACGAACCCUCAAUACCUUUGUUCAUCUUCAGAACACAAAUUAAAAUAUAUCUGAUGAAAUUCACGAACUUUCCGACUCUCCAUAAAGAGAAGAAAAACAACUGAAAUGUUCCCAGGCCUAGAAAGGUAGCAUCAUUAAAAUAAGGGAGCAAAAAUAACGACUAUAAUGAGCAAUUCAAUAUCCUGUCCUCCGCCAUUAUCAAGAGUGCCAUGUUGCAUUACUGCCUAUGCAGAGUCGAAAAGAUCUUGGAUUUCCUCAAAAAUAUAGUUUGAUAAUAUUGAGUUUUGAAGCUGAACGAAGGUCUUAUUGGUUUGGAAUGACAUGAGGGUGAGCAAUUAACAGAAUUUUCAUUUUGGGUGCACUAACACUUUAAUGACUGAAAAUGGGAACUUUUUUAUGCAUGCAAAUUUUUUUUUAAAUACAAUAGUGUAGCGAUGUAUGAAGCCACGCUCACACCAAAGUCACUUUCAAACCAAGCAGUCAACACUUUGAAUUUAGGUGAUAAACUUGAACCUGGGAAAUCACCCUUGCGUAAAAUUCCCGAGUGGAUUCAUACUUAAAUUUUGCAGAACAACCCCAGGACAGCGUGACCUCACCCCGAAGAUCUCAAACUAUCAGACUUUCAAGUCAUUCCAAAAAAAAAAAAACCCAGUCACGCAGAAACAUGUACCCCAUUAACGGAGAUGCGUGACAAAUAAAAACAGUGUGUUCUAAAAUUCCCUUAAAAUAUCAAGCAUGUUUGAUAUUCUCCAAAUGGAAUGGAAUCAUGCUCUGAAGCUAAAAAAAACCCAGUCUGUAUUCGUUUUACACUAAGCAAAAUUUCAGUGAAAUCUGUGACUGCCAAAAUCUCCUUUGUGUGUCAUCCUCGUCCAGAUAGGGAAUUGUGGCAAAGAUCUGAGAAAAAGUUGUGUAGUGUAUUCCAGCCUUUAAUUACUGCCAAUUGGAAACUAUGUGCGAGUGACUACAUUAUUCCUGUGCGGUACCAAAGACACAAGGAGUCGUAGCUAAUUUGCCAUUAAGAGGCGGCUCUCCUGUAAAUGGCUGAUGGUUUCUAUGGAAACUUCCACUUGGCUAAUAGCAGCCCUUUUACACUGGAUUCUCAUCUGCUGUCAACACUGUGAAAACACAUGAUGUUCACUUUAAGGACCACAUGAAAUGAGAAGUCCUUUUCUACUGAUUAGUCAUAAUUAGCAAUGAAUAUAUACAGUAUGUAGGUUUAGAUGCGCUUUACGAAUUUGAAUUUCGCAGCUGGUUACAAGUGUAUAUUACAAGAAGAUCCGAAGCAUGUUCAGACCUCACACAAAAGGAAAAUCAUACUCCAUGCCACAUAACGAUCAGCCACAGAAUGUAGUAAUUGUAAAGUAAUUGUCUUUUAAAAAUUAUUUGAGUGAAUUGAACUUUAAAAGAAACACAAAAAAGUUCAAAACAAAAGACUGUUCACCAAACUAUGAAAAUUGUUACUAGUUACUUGCCCUCAACCCAUAUUAAUUAUAUUAAUCAUUGAAAUGUCAGGGAAAUGCUAUCACAGAUUUUCUCUUUUGAUAUUCACCAAUUUUUUUUCUUUAAGAGCGGGCACGGCCAUUUAUCCAGUGAAUGGGUCUGGCUUUCGGUGUCGUUCUGUACAAAACAUUUGUAGUGAAAACAGUUUUAGCAUUUAUUAUACUUUAUUAUUCUCUGCGGCUAAUGAAGCGCAAGUUUCACGCUUUCACAGAACGGCUUACUGCCGCAUCGCAAAAUAUGGCUAGAAGUUUACUUACGAUGAUGGGUAAAUAUGAGAGAGGUACAUUGAAACCCAAAGUAUCUUUUUUUGUGUUCUGCAAGAGAAAGUAAGUCAUAUAGGUAUGGAAGGACAUAGAGAUUAAUAAAUAACGACAAUUUUUUUCUCUUUUUGGGUAAACUGUCCCUUUAAAGCUUAGCACUAUCACCAGUAACUCAGAGGUACAUUAAAAUGGCGGUAGUGUGUUGCAAAGUAUUAGUAAUAAAGAAAUGCUGACAGAAAGCACCUUUAAUCUCAGAUCAGGUGGACUUUACAGGGUGUUUUGAGUAGAAAGUAGCAUCAAGGACCAUUUGUUUCGACUAGAUUUAGCGUUUUGUGCUUUGUUUUGUCUGCUGUGGGUUUUGAGAAAUCAACACAUUUACAAACCGUAUGUUGCUUUCUCACCGAGGGUGUCUUUUGUGUGCGAAACAUUGAGAUAAUUGUGAGGGCUUCACAAAGGUGUUAAACCAAAUGAGGCGUGUGACGCGGGGUGUAAUUGUCGUGGCGGAGAUUGUAUUGAUUUAAGUGUCAAUGCACUUCUCUAGUGAGCUGUCAAGAGACAACCAUUUUUGCUGUCUAUCUUUUUAGCACCUUUCCCUCAAAAAUAAAUAAGUCAAAAUAAGUGCAUUUUAUAUUUAGCUACCCUGUGAUAACUGUGGCCAUGUAAAUCACCUGCAGGCAAAUUCUAAGUAUUACAGGAAACACAAACCGCAUAACACCUCAGUGUGGUGAUACGAUGCAUGAGGUUAUUCUUAGGUAUUACUUAUUAUUCUCAAAUAUUUGAUUACAUAUUGUAGUUAUUAGAUUAAUGUUUUUUUUUAUGUGGCGUAUUUAUUUGUGUGUGCAUUUGUUAGUUAUUUUAGUCAGGGACUGCUGAGAAAAGCCUUAUGCAAAAUUAGAGAGAGGUGAGACUGAAGUGUAUUAGCACAAUUUUACAUUUAUUUCUGUCCUGUUUAACCAUUUAAAUGUUUCAUAUUUUGAAUUGCCUUUUUUGUAGGAUACUGAAUAGAAGGGUAGAAGUAGUUUUACUUUAGCCAGGAAAAUGAGUGCUGUAUUCUUCGAUUAAUAUUCCUUUUACACUGAACUAACCCUUAUGAUAUGUAGCUGUAAUAAUCAAUCUCAGUUUUAUUGGUGUUUGUUUUCAUGAUUAUUAUUUUUGUUGAGGUUAUCACUGCCAACGUCCUGCAUGUGUCUUGCUUUUUAUAGAAGACCUUGCAGGGGUUCGUUUCAGAUCAGCCAGACUCAGAGAUGAACCAUGAUAUGAAGUGAAUU